AUGGAAUAUCGAUCGUGGGGAUACCCGAAGACGCGCGUGUACCAGGCAAGGCCGACAACGCUUGCGAUGUCGAAGGACGCAAUUCGACAGGACGUGAACGGGAGAGGCGCUUAUCUGAAUCUGCUGGGAAAGACGGAGAGGGAAAAAGUUGUUUCUUCCGAUGACGAAGACGAUAUCGAACGAGAAAUGGCCUCGGCCCUCAACAGACGAACCGUGACGUCGGUCCUAUCCAAGGCGAUGGACUCCGACCCGGAAGACGACGACGGUCGAUCGACGGCUAACCGGAAAGACGGUCGAUCGUCGGCCGUGAAGACCCCACAGGCCGACGACGACUUCUUUUGAGCGGAUCGCCAUGCUUCUUAUGAUUCUUCUAGUCGUGCUUGAAUAACAAAAUCGUGUUUCCUCUGACCUCCAGCGUGACUCUUUAUAAAUACGGCG